AUGGACAGCGCAGCCACAUCAAGCCACGAGGAAGAACGGAAGAUCUACUAUGAUGACGGAAAUCUCGACCUCGUCGUCGGGGGCGUAUGUUUCCGAGUCUACCGAGGAGUGCUCGCCCAGCACUCGCCGAUCUUCAAGGACAUGUUCGAUCUGUGCGUUCCUUCCGACAACAUAGCGUCCACCAGUAAAGAGCCUUUCGUCAACGGGAAUCCAGCUAUUGCCACGGUAAGGCUGCAAGACUCUGCGCGUGACUGGCGCCACGUCCUGUGCAUCCUUCCCGAUGCUGCCGAACCCGACGAGCUGUCGCUGUACCCCUCCUUCGACCAGCUCUCUGCGUGCGUCCGGCUGGGCCACAAGUACCAGAUGCCCGCGAUCUACGCCCCCGCGAUGGAUUACCUCAAACGACGCUUCGCCCCCACUCUGGACGGGUGGAAGAAGUGGACCACCUCCCGCGGCGAGCCGUACACGCUCCCGCGGUGCACCCCCGCGCACGCGAUCGGAGUCGUCAACCUCGCGCGCCUGACCGGCGAGCACGCGCUCCUCCCCCUCGCUCUCCUCGGGUGCGCGCAGCUCGGGUGCAAGCAGCUCACGGACGGGUUCGCGUACGGCGACGGCCAGCGGGAGACGCUUUCCGCGGAGGACGCGAUGCUCUGCAUGGAGUCGGUGUCGCGGAUCGCGUUCUACGGGGCCGGGCACACCUUGAACCUGGUCCAGCAGAAGUACCAGUGCCGGAACCGACUGGGCAAGUCGAACGGCGUCGUCUGCAGGGACACCGCGGCGGAGCUCAUCAUCAGCAUGCAGCUGGACGCGUACCUGCGCAGGGUCGCGUAUCCGACGCCGUUUGUCCGGCCGGAUCCGGAACAGGCGCUGUGCGAGUCGUGUCUUGUGAACCUCGACAAUCUGAACUCGCGGGCGCUGAAGAAGUUGUCCGAGAUAUUCCGGGUUGGUUGA